UCGAAUCAGCAGCCAGCAGCUCGCACACCCCACAAGCCCAGCAUAGGCGGGUGGCAGCAUCAGCAUCAGCAUCAUCGUUAUCAACACUGUCCCAACCAGCACUGGAGGGGCAGGAGAUGCACGCAGCUUCAUGAGAGUGCAACGCUUCGGUCCCGCUCCUCGCUACAAGGAAAUCACAUAAAGCUUGGCGCAGAGUCGGCUCACCCGCUAUGCUGCGGCACGCUGCUUCCAAGAGCCCCUUUCGCAGCGGCGCCGGCCAAGGUCAAGGGUUGGGCAAUACCAGCGGCAGCGGCGGAGGGAGCGACCGGAAUGCAGUGAGCUCAGCAAGCAUUGCGCUCAGCAGCCUUGUCAACGCUGGCGUCAUCUCGUCCAGCAGCGUCAGCAGCAAUUUUUCAUUAGUCACCGCUUCUUCGAACACGUCCGUGGGCACAUCAGCGGGGGGCGCCGCCGGAGGAUCAGGAGCGGCCGCCGGCGCCAGUUCCUUUAUCCUUCUCGGGGGCGGCAGUCACGAACACACCGCGCCGAACACAUUGCUGAGCCUCGGCAUGCACAGCGCCGCCGCGACGGGCAACGUCGGCCUCAUCAAGUUCGCGUUCGACCACGGCCAGUCCGUCGCGUCGGUCCUGAACGGCAUCGUUCCCUUGCAUGCCGCCUCUUCCGGCGGGAGCGAGGCGGCGGUCCGUCUGCUGCUUGCGUACGGCGCAGACCCUAACGCACCCCGGAUCAAGGUCAAGCCUUCUCAGUCGGCCGGCAGCGGUAGCGGCGGAGGAGUAGGUGGCGGCGGCGGCGGUAGCGCGCUGGCUUUCAGCGGGUCGGGCAUCGCAGGCUCAUCUGCGUCCGGAGCAACUACGGGCGCCGGAUUGGGCACCGAGGGCUCCACACCGCUGCACUUCGCAGCCGCUAACGGGCACGAGGGCGUCCUCCGCAUCCUGCUCGACAGCGGCGCGCAGCCGGACGUGACGGACAGAGAGGGUAACACACCCGAAGCGCUCGCACUUGGCAACCACCACGAUGACUGCGUCCUGCUCCUGCGCAGUGCCGCUGCUGGUCUCAGCAACAGCAACACCAACACCAACAUCACUGCUAGUAGCAGGCAGCAUCUCCCGCCUGCGCUCACGAAGCCGGCAUCCUUGUCCGGGCUCAACGGUAGCGGCGGCUGGAGCGGCCGCUCGAGGGGGGACUCGGGAGCGUCGAGCAGCGGCGGUGGAGGGGCAGGGAUAGGAGGUGGAAACAAUGUCGCAGGUAACCCCAGUUCUUCCAUGUCGCUGCGCACACAGCGAUCCUUUGACCAGCUCUCCUCCGCCGCUGCGGGCGUCAAGCAGUCGUUGUUCAAUCGCAAGGCGAGCAACAGCAACAGCAACAUGCAUGGACAUCCCAACGCUACUACCUCGUCUGCGGCAGCCGCUAGCAAGAUGUUCAAGACCAGCUCGCAUCCUAAUCUCAAGUCCAGUGCCACCGCUUCUGGAUCUACAACUCAGCCUUCGAGCGCAAAUGGCAUCCCACCGGUGCCUUGCGUCAAGUACCGCGCCCACGCGCCGGCUCCGGACCCUGCCCUCGUGGCAGGCGCAGCUGCAGCCGCUGGUUGCGGCUCCGGCGUAGGCUCGGGCUCCGGACCAAUGCGAAGCGUCAGUCCAGCCCUGAGUAGCCCGAGCGACCCUGCGGACAUGGGCUUUGCGACGUUCAAGACGACUCCUGCAGCAACGGCCGUAUCGGUUGGGAUGCUCGGGCCUGGAUCUGGAUUUGGUGCGGCAGGAUCGGCUUCAGGCACAGGAUAUAGCUCGACGCCAGGCCCAGGCAGCAGCAUCCAGCGCCGGCCGUCGCUGCCUUCCAUCUUUGAGCGUGCGGACCACCCCGGUCAAGCGCUACGCAGCGCACUGAACCUUGCGGCGGCGGCGUCGUCGUCGUCGUCAUCCUGCUCUGCCUCCUCGUACUCCUCAGCGGCAGCGUCAUCGACCACUCAGAUGCAUCCGUCGCACUCGAUGAGCAGCGGCGGCGGCAGCAGCCACGGCAACCAGGGCAGCGUCUUUGCUAGCGGCGGCGCGUCAAGCAGAGGUGUCGAUCUGAUCGAGAUGCUCUCCUCUGAUUCUGCUGGCCCCGGCGCAGGGUCCUCGUCAGGAGGAAUGGGCAGCGCAGGGGUGCGCAUGGCGAAUGGCAGCGCCGCUGGUGGUAAGGAUGCAGAUUCCGACACUCCCGGCCAGUCGCUGCAAAGGCCAGCGGGCAAGCGGAGUAUCGGGCAGUUAAUCCGCAAGGCGACCGGCACAUCCACCACCAGCAGCGCAACGGAGCUGUUGCCCAGUCGUGUGCCGCCGCAGUUGGCACAUCGUCUUUUCCAUGCAGAGCAGCAACUCAAGAAUACCAAGGCAUUUUCGGCGCCUUACUCCCAGACAGCUUUCCACAUUCCUAAAGUUCCGAACGUCUACAUGCCACCGGUCGCUUUAGCGGCCAUCGAAAUGUGCACCCCACCCUUCGAUGCAAGCACUCCCCUUCCUCCCCUACCUUCUCCAUCCUCCGCAAUCCAGGACGCACCAGCUUCGGCACGCUUAGCAGCUCCGCCCUCUUCGUCAGCGUCGGGCCUGUACAAUCAGCAAAGUAUCACGUCUACUAUCGCCGCGCGUCCGCGGCAGGGAUCCGUCUCCACUGCAUCGCCGAGCCAAGGUGUGUCGCAUGAACGCAGCCUCAGUACUAUAGAGAUAGGUGCGAUCUUGCGCAGAAGGGCACUCAGUUCUGCCAGUGCCGAUCGCAAGCCAUUCUUGCUCAAUUCUCAGCAGCAGCAGCAGCAGCAGUACGGAGCGCUUCCCUCUUCCGAAAUAGCGGAAGCGGACCCCAAGUUGACCCAGCGGGGUAUCCGCGCCGCAUCCAAGUCCCCUUCGAAUCCAGGCAGUCCCCUCUUGCAUUCUGCCGGUUUGCCCAGGGUUAUGCGCAAGGAUUCGGCCAGCAGCAUGUCCAGCGCAAGCGUAAGUUCGGCACUGGCGCCACUGCCGGCGCACACCUCCACAGCUGCCGGCGGCAACGGAUGCAGCACCUUCGCACAUGACCCGGCAUAUGCGCACGGUUCUCCGCACUUCUCACCGCGUACGCGGGCCCUGCCUUUUUUCAGCGACGACACGCGAUCGAUCGGUUCUGGCGGCGUCCGGCAGGCACGGUCCAACUCGGCGGCUGGCAGCAGUGCUAGCACGAGCAUGAGCAACAAGGCAUCCAACGCCUCUCUCCGGUCGAUGAAUGCUGCUGGGAGCGCGUCUGCUGCGGAACACGCGCAGGCGAUCAUGCGGAAUGUAGAGGAGAACGGCUCGACGACGCUCGUCAAGGACGGGCAGAAGAUCUCGCUUGCAGAACAGCUCGCUGCGUAUGGUGAAGCGCUGGCAAGGGAGCGAAUGCAGCAGCAACAGCAACAGCAGCAGCAGCAGCAGCUGAAGGCAUCGGACAAGGCUUUGCAGCGAGCGCUAACUGCACAGCAGCCUGGCUUGCUGCCCAGCGUCAGCGAGGAUCGCGCGCAGAACAACAUCUCCGCUAUGCGCAGCAUCGCCCCCGGAUCGACAGGGACAUUUGGAUCUCAGGGUGGUAGUGGAGGCCGGGCUAGCGCUAGUCGGCCGAGAGCGUGGAGCAACGAGGAAUCACUCAUGCGACAAGGUCAGUCCCUGCCAUUUUUGCCGCGCUCUACCUCAGCUGCCGAGGCGGUGAACCGCUCUGCAAGAUCCCCAAAAGAUGGUUUGAAGGAGCUGUUUAUUGAUCCUUCAAGUCGCCUAUCAGCCGAACGUCGUUAUCCGCCAUUCGAAUUGUCUCUUGUGAGCACAUAUCGCCAGGGAGGCAUUCCGCACGCCAAGACGUCGCCGGUCCUUCCGACUCGACGUACCGUAACAGACUACCGAAAGGUGACCGACACUGCGUUUUUCGACGGACCAAUGGUCACUGCGCUCCAUCGACCUGUGAACUCAACUCCUGUGUUCAGUCGAGCCUCGGAUGACACCCCGAGGCGUGCAGGAGCCAGCGGGUCGAUGGGCAACGACACUGUGGCCCCCAUGCACAAUUCGGAUAUGCUAAGCCAGCGUACGGCGCCCAAAGUAGAUUCGCCUGCACGGAGCACGCACCGCUACAGCGACUCCUUGCCUCCAGAUAUGGACUCUUUAAGCAAUGAACGCGGAGGACGCACGAGCCGGCGUCCUUCCAGUCGAGAUGAAUUCAUGCGCUCGCUGCAAAGCAACUCGUCGAGCGGAGCCAGUGUCGCUUCGUCCGGCGCAUACCCCGACGGAGGCAAAAAUGGUCUCGGACUCGGCUUUGGCCCUAUGUAUUCGCGAGAUGACCUCGUUUACGGCGGCUACGCUAUCAACAGUACGGCAAGCCCAAUGACGACGUCCACCAGCCUCAGCUCAACCGCCGCUGGGCCUUUCUCCUCGUUCAUCAGCGCUGUCGAAGCGUCCCUUCCGGAUCACAGCCAGGGCAACAACAGCAGCAACAGUAUUGGUGCAAAAACGAAACGCAAGUUUGUGCGCACUCUCUUCGGAAAAAAAGAACAGCAACAGCAAUGAUGAAAGUAGCAGCACAAGAAUAUGAACAGAUAGAUACCCUUGCCGCGCCCUAUCUCGCGUAGUACACUUUGUUUCCACCUUUCCACCUUUGGAUUCUUCCUGGAGUUGUUCC